UACUUUCGGGGCCAGGGGAUAAGCCCUUCCCUACCCAUGCAAUGAACGCACUUUCGCCAUAUCCCACUUCCGAGAGUGUUAAUCUGAUGUUUCCACGAUUGACGCAAGCGGAAGUUUUUGGGCUAUCGAGCACUUUACUUUCCUCACAUCAGAAUGGUUGCGGUGCCGAACUCAAUGUUCUGUUUGCUUGCAUUUCAAGUUGGCUUUAUAAUUUUGGCCGAGUCCUCGUCGUGCCUUUAUUGCACUACCACCAACACGUCCAGACAAUGUCUGGGCUAACUCUCCUUACAGUCCUUAUAUCCGGCUUUUGUUUUCUUUACUCUCAUAUGUUCUUACCAUGUCAGAAGAGGCUGGCUUAUCGCCUUCGAAUGAAACCCCUGCCACAGUGGGCCUUGUCUGAAAUCUUUCGGCUCCUUCGAACCCUGGAUUACCCCAUCUCAAUUAUCAAACAUUGAUCAUAUUCUCCUUUGUUCUAUACCUGGAAUUACUCUAACCGUUGAGUGUCCCGUUCUGUCUUUGUUUUGAAGCUCACAGUCUUUCCUGGGUCCUGAGGCCCAGUACAAAUGCCCACUAUCGUGGACUGGCAUUUCACCCUGGGUAUAUUAUUUCCUCUUUUAUUAUCCCCCCUCAUUGGUUUGAAUGGCAUUCGACUUGCGUUGUCUUUGAAGAAAGUUUUUGAGCGGCUUAGCUUUUCAGUCUUGUUUUAUUGUCUUUCGUCCUUAAUUUCUCUGUUUCUGGCGACAAUGUGUUUAUAGAAACUGAUAGAAGAGAUGUAUAAAUGUGAAUCGAGACCAACACUA